AUGGCCUGCGGCAUUCUGAAGCCUCAGGUCCGGGGAAGGCCCGGCGAACGCCAGCCGGGUUCCCGCCAGGCGCUGUUUACGCUCUCUUGUAUUAAUGCCCUGAACAUGGCGGACCGCUAUGUGCCGGCCUCCGUGAAGCCGCAGAUCCAAGCAGAGCUUGGGCUGGAUGAUUGGCAGAGUGCGCUGCCAGCCAUGGCCAUGACCGGGGUCUUCACCGUGGCCAGCCUCAUCUUCGGCAUCCUGGCAGACAGGGAGUGCAUGGACCGCAGGCUGCUGCUAGCCUCAGGUAUAGCCUUCUGGUCCUUUGCCACAGCAUUGGGUGGUUUUGCUCAAAACCUUGAGCAACUGGUGCUCUUCCGUGCAUUGGUGGGAGUUGGAGAGGCGUCCUUCGCGACAGUUGCGUCCCCGAUGAUCACUGACUUCUACCCGGUCGCCCAGCGCAAUCGAGCCUUUACCAUCUUUGGCCUAAGUGCGCCAGUGGGUGCUGCACUGGGCUUUGGGAUCGGGUCUAUCCUGGGGCAAAAUCUAGGCUGGCGCUGGUCGUUCUAUGUUUGUGGCUUCCCAGGCAUUUUGGUGGCCACAUCAGUGCUCUUCCUGAAUAGCCCCCCAAUGGGCAUCAACGACGAGUGCGAAGAUCCUUUGCACUCAGAUGAGGACAGCGUAGACGAGGAAGAAUCUGACUCGGAGGAGGAGUCCUCGCUCCCGCGCCGCAGGACAUGCGCCUUCCUACAUGAGGGCCGGGUGCUGCUAAGCAACCCAUUCUUCCUGGCGGCUACGAUUGGCAGCGUGGCCAUCUCCUUUGCUGUUGGAGGCCUCACAGAGUGGUACCCAAGCUUUCUGGUGCGCUACACCGACCUCUCCCAGGCAGUGUCCGGGCUGGUGCUCAGCGUCAGCUGUGUGGCCAGUGGCUUUGGUGGAGCCAUCCUUGGCUCCAAGGUGGCUGACUCCGCAGCCCGCAGGCUUCCUUGGCUGGGAAGUAGCGCCUACUUCAUUGUGCCUGCCGCUUUCAUGCUGCCGGGCUCGGCACUGAUUGCGGCCGCGGUGAACGUGUCGGAUCCCACAGCCCUGGUGGUCAGCCUCGUGAUUGGACAGACCUGUUUCUUUACCUAUAUGGCUCCGAUCGCUGCACUCUCCAUGUCUGUCAUCCCGGUGCACAGCCGAGCGCGGGGGUCGAGCCUGCAAAUCCUUCUAUGCCAUGCUCUAGGUGACGUGAUCAGCCCACCGAUCAUCGGCCACAUCUCAGACACAGCGAACCUCAAGCUUGGCCUGCAGGUGACUUGGGUUGCCGUUCUAGUUGCCGGCCUGUCAUGGCUGGCGGGUUAUGCAUGCCUUCCUCGGCCGCCCAUGGAGAUAUUGCCAAAGCAGAGGAAGGACAACGGCGCAAUUGGCUGGGUUCUACGGCGGGGGAUGAGUUCUGUUUGCGGCUGCACCUCCGCGGACGAAUCCUCCUCCUGA